AUGGACGGAGGCCGGCGCACGUUUGACGUCUUGCUGCACCUCGCACUGGCCGGAUUCGCCUACUGCUACUUCAAUGGCGCCGACAACUCGCUGUACACGCUGGACGGCCUGGGCCUGCCGCUGGUGCUGCCCGGCAGGUACCCGUCGAGUCGCAGUCACGCCAGAAACGUGGCCAAGUUCUACGGACACCCCGUUCUGCCGAGGACGUCGUGGAUGACCGAGAACUCGUACAGGUCAGAGGCCAUCUGCCGCCCGCGGCAGUUGUCGCUGUGCGACGACGUGUUGCCGUACAACUCGACGUUGCUGCCGAACCUGGUGGGCGACCGGGACCGCGUAUCCCUGGACCGGACGCUGCUCUUCUUCGCGCUCAUGCUCAAGACCGAGUGCAACCCGAGGCUGAAGCAGCUGCUCUGCGCGCUGCUCGAGCCGCCCUGCCGCGGUGGGAACCUGCUGCCGUGCCGCAAGUUCUGCAAAGUGGCGACGGAGAACUGCCAGAAGCUGAUCCCAGCGACGCUGGCGCUGUCUCGAGUGUUCGACUGCCGUCGCUACCCGGAUUCAGACAGCCCGGGAGUUUGCCUCAACCUGGCCAGAAGCGCAUCGUGCAUGCGCCAGGAACACCAGUGCCCUGACCUGACGUGCAUCCCGAAGCAGUGGAGGUGCGACGGCGUCCGGGACUGCCCGCUGGCCGCCGACGAGGCAAACUGCACUGGCCGAGGCGCAUCAAAGGUGUGCAGUCACGAGGAAUUCCGCUGCGACUACCGCUGCAUCCCCAACACGUGGCGCUGCGACGGUGAACCGGACUGCCAGGAUGCCGCCGACGAGAGGCACUGCCCACCAAAGCCAGUGUGCGGCACGGGCCGGUUCCAGUGCAGGGACGGCUCCGGCUGCUUCCCGCAGCGCUGGGUGUGCGACGGAAAAGCCGAAUGCCGGGACGGCAGCGACGAGCAAGACUGCACGAGCAGGAAAUGCACGGCCGGCGACUUCCGGUGCGACAACGGCAUCUGCGUGCCCUCGCUGUGGCGCUGCGACGGACACAACGACUGCCGCGACGGGAGCGACGAACGUCACUGCGGCACUUACGUCAAAGUGAACGGCCGACCGAAUACCAAACACUGAAGCUGGGCAACCAAAGACAUCGCGUACGAAGCAGCGGCCAACAGAAACAAUUCUUGAGCGA